CACCGCAAUCAUGGCUCCAUCCCAAUUGUCGCAGUUGAAAUCUGCGCUAUCCACAGCCGGGCUCUCACGGACAAAUUCGGGGAAGAAGGGGGGCGGCAACAAGUCUCAGGGCAAAGCAGGCUUGACCAACAAGGACAGGGAGAAGAAACAACGCAAGCUCGAUGAUAUCAAGCAGAGUUUGAACAAAUUUGAUGUGAGGGAGACCAAGGUUAAGAAUCAUGUAGUAGGGAGAGGUCAGGAUGUCAAGGGCACUUCCGGUACGCCGAGUCAGAGCCGGCAGAAGGGACUCGAGAUGCGAAGGGAGACCCUGCUUCCCGAGCUCCAACUUCGCCGUUCCGGCCACACCGGUACCUUUGUCGAUCGUCGAUUCGGAGAAUCCAACCCGAACAUUACUCCUGAAGAACGAGCUCUCGAGCGUUUCACUCGCGCCAGAGAGGCCGAACGAGGUUCAUCAGGGGGACGGGCUGGCCGGAAAGCCGUCUUCAACCUCAACGAUGACGAAUCGGGUGGACUUGGGUUCGGGGACGAUGAUGCUGAUAUGCAUCUCGGUUCCUCGAAAGCCGGAUUCACCUUGACGCAUGGGGGACGAUCGAUUGACGAGCUCAAGGGUGACGAUUUUGUUGCCCAGGGCUUGGGAGAUGAAGAUGAAGACCUCGAGGAUGAUUUCGGAAUCAACAGGACGGUCGAGGGAGAGGAAGGUGCUGUCGAGCGGGAUUUGACGAGGAGGAACAAUUUCGGAGGGUUUGGGGAUGAUGCCGGUGAUGACGAUCCCGAUCGAAAACGAACAAAGAACGAGAUCAUGUCCGAGGUUAUCGCUAAGAGCAAGAGCUACAAGCUCGAGAGGCAACAACAGAAAGAGCUCGACGAGGAUAUUCGAAUGGAAUUGGACGAAGGUCUAGACGACUUACGAGAGCUCUUGAACGAGUCUAUUCCGACCGACCUGAAACGAGGUAAAGCCAACCUCGACUUUUACAAGGCUCCUGCAGCCGCACCAGCGGUGGAAGACGAUGAUGACGCAGAGUCGAAGACGGACAAGAAGAAACCAGAAACUGAUGGGGAUUACGACCAGUUCGUACGAUCUCUCGCCUUUGACCGCCGAGCCAAGCCCAAGGACCGAACCAAGACGGAGGAAGAGGUUGCCAAGGAAGAGGCAGAAAAGCUGCAAGAGGCUGAAGCGGCUAGACUGAAGCGAAUGAGAGGGAUCGUGGAUGAAGACGAGGACGAGGAGGAAGGUGGUAGGAAACGACGGAGACAGAAGGGCGGCAGGGCUCCUGAGGCGGAUGAUCUGGAUGAUGAUUACGCCGAUGGGUACGAAGAUGAUGCGCAGGAGUUUGGGUUGGGUGCUGGGUUGGGCGGCCGACAGGCAGUCGAGGAUGGUGACGAGGAGAUGAGUGGCGAGGAUGAAGAUGAGGAGGGCGAGAGUGAUGAGGACGACGAUGUGGAUGACGACGAUCUUGAGGAAGGGGACGAGGAUAUGGAGGACGAUCUAGCAUCCGAUCUAGAACUCGACGAUGAUGCCAAGGUGAAGACACCGAUAACAGGCUCGAAAGGGUCCAAGCAGGAACGGACGAAAAAGGCACGAUCAAUAACAAGCGAAAAGGUCAUCCCCUUCACCUUCAAGUGUCCCGAGAGCUACGAUGACUUUGAAGCUAUCAUUGACGGACUCGAGGACAACGACGUCGAGACGGUUGUCAAGCGUAUUCGAACACUCUAUCACCCAAGUUUGGGAGAGGGAAACAAAGAGCGGCUCCAGGAGCUUUUGGGUAUCCUCAUGGAGCACAUCAUCAAUCGUGGAUCCGAGUCCAAUGACUUCUCCUUGACCAGCCUGCUCAUGUCUCACAUCAACGGCCUCGUCAACCUGAACGUCCUCUCGGCCGCUGAGCAUUUCAAGGAGAAGUUGGCCGAGAUGCAUGCGAUCUUACUGGACAAGCUCGAAAACGCUCGUUCAGAUCCCUCAACCUCGAUCUUUCCCGAGGCCGGCGAUCUGGCCAUCUUGAGGAUGGUAGGGACGAUCUGGUCGACAAGCGAUUUCUCCCAUCCCGUCUCGGUCCCUGCGGCACUGUAUAUGGGUCAAUGUCUUUCACAGGCACCGGUUAGGGAUACGGGUGAUUUCGCAAAGGGACUGUUCAUAUCGGCCAUAUUCCUGCAGUACGAGACCUACUCGCAGCGAAUCGUACCGGAAGCGCUCAAUUUCUUGGCGACCACAAUCCUCGCCCUUGCCCCAGCAUCUUUCGACCUAGACCCCGUACCAGGCAACUUCCCUCUCCGAAACGACGUACGGCAACUGGGUGUCUUUAUCAAACCUAAGCUCGCCAGCAAACUUUCCGUCCGAUUGGCCGAUCUGCCUAGCUUGAUGGAUUGCGACAAGUUUGGAGUCGAGUACGAGCAGGACAAGGUGGAUCUCCUCGGAUUGGCUCUGAGGCUGGUCGGCAGGUUUGCGGAGAUGCAGAAGGAUCUGGUGGCUUUCAUCGAGGUGUUUGAGCCGUUUUACCAGAUCAUGUUUGGCUUGUCUGCCACGAACGCGCCGGCGAGCAUCAAGGCCAUUUGCGUCGAGGAGAAUGAAAAGCUGGGCAAACUACUGGGGAUCGCUGGCAAGAUGCGAAGACCGCUCGAGAUGCAGACCCACAAGGCCAUCCCGAUCCCGCAAUACGCACCCAAAUUCGACGUCGAGUACAGCCGUGGGAAACGUGUCGACCCGGAUGCCGAACGGAACGAGGCCGCCAAGCUCAAGGCCAUGUACAAGAAGGAACGCAAGGGAGCCAUCAGGGAGUUGCGAAAAGAUGCCAAAUUUUUGGCGGUCGAGCGGAACAAGGAGCAGAAGCAGAAGGAUGCGGAUUACGAGAAGCGGAUGCGGAGCGUCGUGGGGUCCAUCACGACGACGGAACGAGCCGAGGAAAAGGCGGCAGAGAGGGAGAAAUCGCGGGACAAGCGACGUGGUGGACGCAACUAGAUGUGAGGCUUCCGUUCUUAUUUUCCGGCUAUCUGUUCGGUCGGCUCUUUGUAUCAUGUUAUACCGUCAGACUGUACAAUAUACAUGUACGGACGACCCUCUGCAUAUGCCCGCAAUAUCAUGCACAAGUGUC